CAAAUUACAAGACUUGUUGUGUUUCUUCAUUUUUUUUUUUUGGGUUUUUGGUUAUCUCCUCUUCUCUUCUCUUCUCCCAAAUAUGGGUAUAAGAAACUGCCAUAUCCAAGCAGGUCUCAAUAAUCUGUGUUUUCAAGCUCCAACCUUCAUUGAAUGGCUCAAACAGCCAUCAUCAAUCCCCUCUUCUUCUUCUUCUCCUUCUUCUUCAAUCUCACCACAACUUCUUCUUAUUCAUCAAUCCUCUGGUAACAACAAAGACACCAUGAACUUCUUGAAAUUCCCAGCACUUGAAAAUCCGGAAAGAGUGGCCGAUAAUAAUCAUGAAGAAACCCUCCAAUGUUUGCCGCUUCUGAGCAAGCUGAUGGAGGCGAAAGGCGGCGGCGUCAAGGAGGAAGAAAGGGAUGAGGAGGAGGAGAAAGUGGCGGUGGGUUUGCAUAUAGGGCUGCCGGAUUCCGGCGAGGAGGCUAAACCCUUCAACGUUUUUAAGGCGGCGGAGGAUGAGAGCGUGAAGAAGAAGAGAAGGGCGGUGGUUGUUGAUGGCGAUAAUGGAUGCAACUUCAACACUGAGAGUAGGUUUUGGAUCCCCACACCCACCCAGAUUCUUGUUGGCCCUAUGCAGUUUGCUUGUAACAUUUGCAGCAAAACCUUCAAUAGGUACAACAAUAUGCAGAUGCAUAUGUGGGGACAUGGUUCAGAAUUCAGGAAGGGGCCAGAAUCCCUGAGAGGAACACAGCCAGCAGCAAUGCUAAGGCUGCCAUGCUAUUGCUGCUCACCAGGGUGUAAGAACAACAUAAACCACCCAAGAGCCAAGCCAUUGAAGGACUUCAGAACCCUGCAGACACACUACAAAAGGAAGCAUGGGUCCAAGCCCUUUACCUGCAGGAAAUGUGGCAAAACCUUUGCUGUCAAAGGGGAUUGGAGGACCCAUGAGAAGAACUGUGGCAAGCUCUGGUAUUGCACCUGUGGUUCAGACUUCAAGCACAAGAGAUCCCUCAAAGACCACAUCAGAUCCUUUGGGAAAGGCCACUCCCCUCACCCCUCCCUCGAGGGCUUCGAGGACGAAAAGGAGGAGUUCAUGACCGACGAAGAUGAAACUGUCUCCAAAUCGGGAAAUUCUUACCUACUCUAAGACCAUACAGGAGUCGCACACUUUAAUUUUAGAGUAAGUAAGAAUUUCCUGAGGAGUGAUGAAUGGAUUUUUAGUUUUUUGUUGGUUAAGGUUCGCCCAGGCAUUUGCUCGGUAACAAAAAAUUCUCGGACAUUGAUGAUUUUCCUUUGAUGGGAAUUGUUGAUUGGGAGUGGUUUGUUAUGGAGCAAGUGCUAGGUGGUGAGCAUGAAUGAAUAUGCAUAUAUGCAUGCAUGCAUACUUGGUUUAAUUUUGUGCAAAUUAAAAUAAGGGUUGUUUGUUGAUUACCUAAUUAAGAGUCAUGAAGCUGGCAAAUUUUCUUCUGUGCUAAACUUUAUAAUUAACAACCUAAUUAACAAGCCUUUUAUGAUGUAAUAACCCUUUUGUAAUGGGGAAAAUUUGUCAGCUUCAUAUUGCUUAUUGAUCAUCAUCAUCAUAGUAUUGUAUGGACUGUGUUGUGUUUUGUUAAGGAAUAUAUAUCAGUUACAUUAUUGUCAAAUUAAAUUAAAGUAGCUUUCAUAUAA